UCCUCGCCAUACCAGAAAACAAAGAAUUAAUUUGAAUGGAUUUUGUAGAAUGUAUUAUCCUCUUCCUCGCCAUCGCCUGGAUUGUUGUUGUAGCUCUCACCGGGGCCCGAAAACCCUCCGGGCUUCCACCAGGCCCGCAUCGGGUCCCCGUCAUCGGCAAUAUCCUAGAACUCGGCAGCAAGCCCCACCGUUCACUGGCUACGCUCGCCGGAAAAUACGGUCCGGUGAUGUCGCUGAAGCUCGGGACCAGAACGACGGUGGUGAUCUCCGCGCCGGAGGAAGCCAAAAUGGUGAUGCAGAAGCACGAUUUGAUCUUUUCCGGCAGGUCAAUUCCCGGCGCCGCCGAGACUCUCCGCCACAGCGACUUCUCGAUGGCGUGGCUCCCCGUCGAUCACCAGUGGCGGAAGCUCCGGAAAAUCUGCAAAGAGCAGAUGUUCUCGGCGGCCAGGCUGGAUUCCAGCCAGGGCUUGAGGAAGGCGAAGCUCCGGCAGCUGUCGGACCACGUCGGAGACUGCGCCGCCGCCGGCCGGGCGGUGGAUAUCGGCGAGGCUGCAUUUACGACGUCGCUGAACCUGAUGUCGGCGUCGCUGUUCUCCAUGGAUUUCGCCAAGUUCGAUUCGGAUUCGUCGCAGGAGAUGAAGGACGUUGUCUGGGGCGUGAUGAAGGGCGUCGGCAGCCCCAAUUUGUCCGAUUAUUUCCCUGUCUUGAAGAGAGCCGAUCCUCAGGGGAUUCUCAGGGAGACAGAGAAAUAUUUCCAGAAACUGUUCGAUAUAUUCGAUGAUAUUAUCGAUAAGAGGAUGAAAUCGAGAAAAGACAAGAAAGACGACCUACUCGAAGCUCUGAUCGAUCUCAACCUCAGAGAUGAAACAGAGCUGUCCUUGAACGAUAUCAAACAUCUGCUGCUGGACCUGUUUGUUGCGGGCGCGGACACGACGUCCGGCACGGUGGAGUGGGCAAUGUCGGAGCUGAUGCGCCGCCCGGAGAAACUGUCGCGUGCCCGCGACGAAAUCCGAGGCCUAAUCGGAGAAACAGGGGAGAUGCAAGAAUCAGACAUUCAAAACCUUCCCUACUUGCAAGCAGUGGUGAAGGAGACAUUCAGGUUUCAUCCUGCAGCCCCAUUUCUGAUGCCCCGAAAGGCCGAAACUGACGUAGAAAUCAACGGCUACAUAAUCCCGAAAGACUGUCAGAUUCUUAUCAAUUUUUGGGCAAGCGGUAGAAAUUCGAAUGUAUGGUCUGAUGCAGAGACAUUCAUGCCGGAGAGGUUCUUGGAAGGUGAUGCUAGGAAGAUCGAUUAUAGAGGCAAGGAUUUCGAGCUUAUACCCUUUGGCGCGGGCAGGAGGAUCUGCCCGGGAUUGCCGUUGGCGCACCGGAUGGUGCACCUAAUGCUAGCCACUUUGGUGCACGGGUUCGGGUGGAAGCUCGAAGAAGGGGUCAAAGCUGCAGAGAUCGAUGUGGAUGAGAAAUUUGGAUUGACUUUGCAAAAGGCCAAACCUCUUAGAGCCAUUCCAUUGAAAUUGUGAAGACACAUAAAUAGCGGAAUGUGUAGGAUAUGAUCUUGUGUUAUUAAUAAAAGGCUUAAGUAUAUUUAUUA